UCAGAAGCAUUGUAGUUUUACACUGUGAUUGUGUCUGUCAUAUCAUAUUUUAUUUCAUGAUUUCAGUUUUAUUUUCACUUUAACCCUGAUACAGACAGAAAAUUGAAAUAUUUUCUGCACAACUGUGAAUGUCUUAAUAAUAUUUCGUCUUUCAGUGCAGAGAUGCCUUUGAUGAUUGUGGAGACGAGCUGCAGUCUGAUUGGCUGGCUCUCUCUGUAUGUGCUGCUGUGUCACUGGAACAGGGAAAGAGAUUGUGAGUGGAACUGCAGGCUGGUAACUUUGAUCCACGGCAUCCUGAUCGUCUGUGUGACAGCCUACAUUAGCUUCCUUGCUGGGCCGUGGCCUUUCACACACCCAGGCACUGAAAACACAUCUCUCCAGAUCCUGGCUCUUGUUCUCAGUUUAGGUUACUUCCUCUUUGACAUGGCUUGGUGUGUGUAUUUCCACACUGAGGGUCCAGUGAUGCUGGCCCACCACACGAUGAGCAUCCUCGGGUUGGUGCUGGCACUAGGGCUGGGCGAGUCGGGCAUCGAGACCUGCGCUGUCCUCUUCGGCAGCGAGAUCACCAACCCGCUCCUGCAGGCCCGCUGGUUCCUCAAGCGCAUGGGCCGCUAUGACAGUUUAGCCGGAGAUGUGGUGGACCUGCUCUUCAUUCUUCUGUUUGCCUCUGUGAGGAUUGGUGUGGGGAGUAGACUGCUUUAUUGUGAAUUAGCCUCUCCGAAGCCAUUGCUUAUAGUGAAAGUUGGUGGGAUGGCUAUUUACACUCUCUCCUGGAUCUUCAUGAUAGACAUUGCACGUUUCGCCUGCAAGAAAACUCGCACCAAAUACAGACGAUGGAAGGAACACAAGCUGGAUGAAGCUAAUGGACAUGCUGUUAAAGUGAAAUAGGCCUUUCUGUGCAUUAGGACCGGGAAAAGUGGCAUGAUGUACACACACACACACACACACACACACACACACACACACACACAUAUAUAUAUAUAUAUAUAUAUAUAUAUGCAUACACAAAAGGUGAAACAUCUAAAAAAAAAUGAAAAAAUAUAAAUCCAAUAUAGCGACUUCUACCAUUUCUCAAGUUUGUCAUAUUCAAUUUCCAAAGCAUUUCAGGCUUAAUAUAUUAUUUAUUUCCACUGCAUAUUAAGAUUUUAUUGACUUUCACAAAUUUAUCCAAAACAAAUUAAGAUAUUAUUCAUUUUCCACAACUUUUUCAAAACAU